AUGCAAAUUCAUCCAAUUCAAGCUCUCAGUACUACUUUAAAAGAGGACUCUUAAAUUCAUAUAACAGGAAGUGAAGAGAAAUUAUUAAAGACAAAGCAGACCAUACUUGAUCGUGCUCCAGUUAAUUAGGAAGCAUUGAAUACUUAUCUGAAAAAUACUCAUCCUACCGAUGUUGAUGAAAAAUUAUAUGAUUGCACCAAUUGUUAUAACGUAGAUGUUGGUUUUAAUUGUUGUUGCAGUACUGAAUUUUAAUCCGACAUAAAUUAAUAUGGAGCAGGCAUUACUAUAUAUUUUAGAUUCCUCAAAUAAAUUAUUUUAUACUUUUUACUAUUCGCGCUCCUGAGUAUUCCUUAAUUGAUCUUCUCCUUAUCUUGUGUGAAGGAUACGUUGACUUUUAAUUCAAUACUCAUGGGAACUACGCUAGGAUCAUUGAGUCUACAAGGAGAUUCUUGUGUUAAAAUGUCUUGGGAUGAUGUAGUAUUGAAUAAUAAUGUAACACUUGAUUCUGCAACUAUCUUAGAGAAGACAACAUUUAAUUGUAAUUCUGGAACCAUAUCAUCCUAAAAUUUUGUUUUGGGUUUCGUCUAAGAAGGUAGCAAUUCUAUCCCUUGUACUUAUUAUGAUCCAUCACAGGCAAUAAUAAAUUGUACUAACUCGAAAGCUUUUACAGAGAUAUAAAAUAAAUGUGUAGGACAACAAUCUUGUGAGUUCAUAAUUAGAGAGUCUUUGUUUGACAGUUGUCCUGACUUGCAUUCGAACAUAGUUUAUGCUUAUUCGUUUUGCCAGGAUUCUGAAUUCUCACUCGGAUCAGUAAGUGUUAAGAACAACACAGUCUCCAUCAUAUGUGGCUAUAUUGAUUUGGCAAUCGUCCUGAUUCUAAGUAUCUUUCUCUUUACCUUGGAACGAUAAGAGAAAGAAACUAUGAAAAAUGUGAAUGAAAGUCAAGUAUUUAUAGAAAAUUUUUCAUUAGAAUUUAGAAAUCUCCCUGAAUGCUCGGAUCCUAAGGAGUUAUUUUAAAAACUAAUUGAAAUCGAAUUGCAAUUAGCUAAGAAAUUCCCUUAGAUACCUAGCUUUCAUAUAGUCGACAUUUAAUUUUCGAAAGGGAACAGAUCGGUUUUAAUAGGUGAGGAAAGAGCUAUGACCAUAAAAAAGCGAAAUAACUUGGUUAGAAGAUUUGAGAAUAAAUUUAAGGUUUCUCUCAUAACUUCUAUGGAUUUGAAACAAAAUCUAGCAACUGCAGUAUUGUAAUAGGCUUUAAAUCAAUUACAAUAGAAAGAAGAUGCUUAAGAACUUCUGGAUGAAAUAUAGAAAUUAGAAAACCAAAUAUCUGAAUUCGACAAUUAGAUUCAGUAGCCAGAAUAAUUCAAUGAGAUUAUCUAAUAUGCUUGGAUCACAUUUGAUACAAUUGAACAAAGAAACAUGGCAUUCUUUGUCUAUCAAGAAGAUUACUUGCGAGAUCUCUUUUCGUGUUGUGGAUGCAAUGAAAUUAUGAAGAUCGAUAAUGCAAUAAUCAAAGCAUAACCAGCACCUCCUCCAGAUGAUAUUAAUUGGAUGAAUUUAUAAUAUUCCUCAGUAGAAUUGUUUGCUCGCAGAACUCUAAGUUUUAUGCUCACUUUCAUCUUGAUGAUCUUCACAAUUGCAGCCAUUAUCUUCUUGAAAUAUUAAUAAUUGACUUAUUAAUAAGAUUACCCAGAACCUAAUUGUUCAAUGUAUCCUAAUAUCACAGAGGCCGAUGUAAUUGGUGAUCAGAGUAAGAGUGUUAAGAAAGGAUUGUUGGAAUGUUAUUGCAAAGAAGACUUUCUAAAUAGAAUAAAUAUGACCUUUAGUAAUGGUGAACAAUUAUGUUAGCAAUGGUUCAAUGAUUAUGUUAAGAUAGUUGGUUGGCCAUUUCUAAUUGUUGUCGUCAUUAUUUUAAUAAAUCAAGUCAUUUAAUUAAUCUUUACAAAAUUUGCUGAGUUUGAAGCUCAUCGAUCAAAAUCUAAAUAAUUAUCCUCUCGUCUUCUGAAAGUAUUCGUUGUCUAAUACAUAAACACAGCCUUAGUAAUAUUGAUAAUUAAUAUCAAAUUUACAAGUGAACUAAAUCUAUCCUCAUUUUCAGUAUUAUUAAAUGGUAAAUUUGAUGAUAUCAGUGUUCAAUGGUUUAAUUAAGUCGGAACAACAAUUUUACUUACAAUGUUAAUUUAUGUAUUGGGUCCUUUAAUUAAUAUAGUUCUAAUGAGCAUUUUCAGAUGUUUGAAAAGAUGUUUUGAUCAAUGUUGUUUGGAAGACGGUCAAUUCACGAGGAAAUUAACACAAUAAGAUCUAAAUGAAUAUUAUACGGGUUCAGAUUUCAAUGUGGAACUUAAAUACUCGCAAAUAUUGACUGUUAUCUGUGUUAACUUCUUAUAUUCCUCAGGAAUGCCCUUAUUGUAUUUGACAACGGCAUUAUUUUUGUUUAUCACAUAUUGUUGUGAUAAAUACUACUUAUUACAUUUUUGCAAGAAUCCACAAAAAGUAGAUGAUAGUGUUGCAAAAUUGGUGAGAGAGAUAUUGAAGUUACUGCUAAUAUGGCAUAUAAUAUUCUCAAUUUGGAUUUAUGGGUCAACGAAGUUAUUCCCUGAAACCAUAGACUUCACUCAAUCUAUCUAGUCAUCCUCCAUUGUUCAAUCAGCAUAAAGCAAUGUAUUUGGAGAGUUCUUUAAAAGAGCAAUAACAAGUUAAUGCAUUGGUUUGACUUGCAUACUGAUUGUGCUUAUCAUCUAUUACAUCCUUUGGCCUUGCGUCAUAAGUCCAAUUCUAAGGACAAUUUUCUUCUUUUGUUAUAGUGAAACUACUUUAUUUGAUAAAGUGGAGAAUACAUUUAUUUUGAUGCAGUAAUCCAUUUAUGAAUUAUAUUCAUAGGAUUAAGCCAAUUAAAUAAUGUAACUGUUGAGAAUUCAAAGGUAGGAUGCACAAGAAAAGGGAGAAUAGUAAUUUGCAUUGCUGAUGGGCGAACGAUUAGCAAGAAUGUAGGCACUCAAGUUUUUCAAAGGGUUGAUAAAUGGACUUCAUUCAUACGACAUAGUUUUGAAUCCUAAGUAUUCAUAAUAUCACACUCUUUGA